AUAUCUCAUCUUCCCAUUGCACAUACCAGUGUAUCCAUACAGUUAUGCAUUUUAUCCUGUACCCCUCUCUCACCAUCUUCUCAUCAACUGCUGAGGAUGAUGGUAGCACGCCUCCGGAUGGCGGAUAUGACAUGGACAUAUAGUUUCUUGCGCGGGGGGAGCGGGUGCUGGCGGCUCUGCUGCAGGUUUCCGGAUUCGAUACCACCAGACGAACAACAGGAACAUCCCAAAGAUGAAAACGGCCAUGGGAAUGAAUAUCACAAGAAAUGCCGUCAUGUCGAAUUUGCUACUUGUUUCAGAGCUCGAAGGUGGAUCAACAUGGUACGGUGUGCUGGGAUUGUCGGGAUAAUACCGUGUGCUGGAGUCGUCUGUAUGGUACCGUGGACUAGGCUCAUCGGUAUACCUGCUGAUACGGUCGGUUUGAUGGCUAACGAUGCCCGUAGGUCUGCAAUGUCUCAUCCUUUGCUUUCCAGUGAGCCAGGGUGGGCAAUCAUCAGAGGAAACCAUGAGAGCGAACGUGAAGAAGCAGUGGAUGCGGCAGAUGGGUUGGAACAGCGAUGGUAAUCUCGAAAGGGUUUGUCGGGAACUGCUACCGAGUGAGAAGUCUUUCUUUGCACAGCUUUUUGAAAGAGACUCACUUGAAAGCUGCAAUAAUGGAUGCCGAUGGAUAGUGAUAGCUUCGGUGAUUGACGGACGCUGAUGGUUUGCGAUUGCUUGACGAUUGAUGGAUGCUGCGGAGGUGAGUACUAGGAUUUAAUUGGGUAAGAAGUGGCUUCGACGAGCAGUCGUGCCUUCCUCCCAAGGGUUGAUGCUUCAAUGGCUAGGUUAGGGGAGGGAACGAACU